AUGUCGUGGUCGAACUACCAGUUGCGACGCCUUCAACAUGAGAAAGAAAUCCUGGCGAAAUACUUCCCUGGUCGAGUACGAUGGUCAAACGUACACGGCAGAACGAAAGUGCAAGUGCAGUUGACAAGUAACAACAACAGAAAUUAUACUUUAAGUAUAACAUUGGGCGAAGAUUUUCCUCACUCCUGUCCAACAUUACUCGUAGAGUCGCCUUCGUUGUCGCAACAAAACGGAAUGCCGUUACCACACAACAGCCUACAAUUUCACACACUACACGAUCCUAGUGGGUUGGUUUCGAUUUGUCAUUUCGUGGUGCGAGCGUGGACGAACGAGAACACGUUGUAUCAAGUGUUUAUGAAGGGACGGUUAUGGAUUGAAGGCUACGAGGGACAUUUGGCUACAGGGAGAAAUAUGGAUUUUUAUUUACGACACCAAUCUUAA